AUGACAGCUUCCAAUCUCAGCGAUGAGCUGCAACCGCUCCCAAAUCGCAAAAGCCUCGACGAGCAGGGUCCCAUCUCCCUGCACCCCGACUUCAACCAAGGCGACGUGAUCUUGCAGUCUGCCGACGGCGUGGGCUUCUGCUAUGACAUCGCGACGCUUGGGAAGUACUCGCCCGUCUUCCGCGACCUCUCGACACUGCCACACUCGCAACGAAGCUCAUGCCGAAUCCCGAUUCUCGAUGCGUCGUCCAAGGCGGUUGCGUUCAUGCUCCAUGUUGUCCAACACUCCCAAGAGGAGUGCGCAGACGCGCACAGCUCGGAUCGCGCUUCCCUGGAUAAGCUGGAGGACGUGCUUGAGGAGGUCCUGGAGAUGAUCGACACGUUCAACAUGGACUCCCUGACCGAGCUAAUCCUCGAGUGGGGACGCCAGGUCGAUGCUCCUCCGGGUGUCAUGUACUGCCUUGUCUGCCUGACAGGCGUAGGCGACAAACAGUACUGGGCUACACGGUGUCUCGGCCUGCCGGAGGAGGAGCAGCGUGGGCCCGCGUUCAAGCUUUUGAAGCGCUACAGCCCCGAGGACUCUGUCGCCCUCGGUCGUAUGGGAAUAAUGUGGCGUGCGGCAGUCGACGAGUUUGAGCGCAGCUUCAUGGCUGACGAGGAGAUCUCCCACUUCGGGAGCAAGUGCGCCGACCAGCCGUGCACGGUGUACCAGACCUUUGAUGGCGAUAGCGGCCAGCUCAAGUGGCACAUCUUGCGCGAGCUCAUGCCUGUCAUCCUCGGUGCGCCGCUUGACCCGGAGGAAGCUCGUCUCGACCUCGUCCUCGUGUGUAACAACAACGUUGCCUGCCGGAAGUGUGCACGGAGAAUGUCCAGCCUCGCCCAGCACACUUGGAAGCUCACCAUGGCUCCGCCGCCGUGGAUCCUUCAUCCGACACACCCGUCGCUCGUAUCGGAGAUCAAGGCUCGACGAAGAACGUAA